GACGUAAGGAGUUACGUACGUAAACAUGGCGGCGCCCUGUCUGGGAUAGUGUGUUGUGAAACAGACCUGGACGCUCUUGCUGUAAUGUCAAACCCGUUUUAUUAGCGGUUUUUUGGGGGUGUUGAUUGCUUUUUAUAGCAGCGAGUGGACGGCAGUAGGUCGUUUUAAAUAUGUGAAGAAGAAGAGAAGCCCGGAAGUGUUUUAGAUAAAGUAGCAACGCGAUUUUAGUUCAGAGGUUAUAAUAACAUGUUUCCAGCUCCGGGGUCGAGUCUGACCCGCUGGGUGUCCGUGUCCGUCCGUGGACUGAGAGGUCUCGGCCUGUUCUCCAGCUCGGAGUCCUCCUCCAAUUGGAGCAAAGUUGUGUCGGACGCGGAGAAGAUCGUCGGGUAUCCCACGUCGUUCAUGAGUCUGCGUUGCCUGCUCAGCGAUGAGCUCAGCAAUGUGGCCAUGCACGUCAGAAAGCUGGUGGGGACACAGCAUCCCUUACUCAACACAGCCAGAGGCUUCGUCUAUGACAGCAAGAACAAUCUUCAGAUGAGAGGACUGAUUGUCCUGCUGCUGUCCAAAGCAGCAGGACCGAGUCAUGCAGCCUCAGAGCUCCUCACUAAGGACAUGGUCAGCGGCAUCUACCCAAGUCAGAGGAACCUGGCAGAAAUCACAGAGCUCAUCCACACAGCAUUCCUGGUACAUCGAGGGAUCGUAAAUCUGAAGGAGUGGACCGUCUCAGACGGACCGCUGAAGGACAUGGAGUUUGGGAACAAGAUGGCCGUCCUGAGUGGCGACUUCCUGCUGGCUAACGCUUGUACAGGAUUGGCCGAGCUCAACGACACUAAGAUUGUUGAACUGAUCUCCAGUGCCAUCUCGGAUUUAGUCCAAGGAAUAUAUUAUGAGAAUUACUACAACGUUGAGGACGGUCUCGGCGACGGCAUGGACGUGACGCCCUGGGAGGACCAGGCGUUUCUGUCCCACGGGGCACUGCUGGCCAAGAGCUGUCAGGCCGCCAUGCAGCUCGCUAAGCACGACAGAGAGGCCCAAAGACUGGCCUACCUCUAUGGGAAACAUCUAUCGCUGGGUCACAAGCUGAACUCUGACCUGCAGCCAUUUGUGAAGAGCAGAUUGGGAGAGAUGACUUCGUUCAGCCUGAGCGCCGCCCCGGUGGUUUUCCACCGUCAGAUCGUCGGGAAGGAGAAGUGGCACCAGCAGCUCGAGGAGGCAAAGACCUUGAGAAACCAGUUGGAUUAUAGUAAGCUCCUGGCAGCGGUUAAGUCGGAGAAAGGCGUGAGCUCGGCGGUGGACUUGUGCCGUUACCAUAGCAACAGGGCUCUGGAGGCCAUCCAGGCUUUCCCCUCCUCUGAGGCUCGAUCCGCCCUGGAGAACAUCGCCUCGGCCGUCAACAAAUUCUGACCCAAGCACGGGCGCGCACACACACACAUAGAGACACACUCCUCUGUGGAGAACUGAGAGAGUCUUGGGUUGGUCAUGACGCCGUCUUCGUGUUUUUCUUCAGAAACUCAUACAACUGUUCAUCAUCGAAUAAAAACUCAUCACUCCGGCUUCGUGCCAGAUGUUUUUGCAGCUCCGAUACUCCCCCUCUCCUGCUCAGGGAAAAUUACCGGCAGACUGCUUUUUAAAGAAAGAAAAAAAAACUGUCUCUUUAUUGUUACCUGGCUUAUCAGCACAGCCACAUACCGGGCAGAACAUCAUUUAAGAUGUUUUGAUGAAUUGUUAGUGUCAUCUGGAAAAUGUGCCAUGAACAGCAAGUGAGGCACUAAGGAAUACUUACUCUCAAAAAUGUCCUGUUUUCUUUUUUUUUUUAACUAUUUAACAUACUUGUUAGUGCAAAGCUGAUGCUCUAAACUGUAGCUGCUUGAAAUUUUACUCUUUGCCGAACUGAGGAGCUUCACUACAGAAAAGGGUCCUGUUUUACCAAUUAUGCAGCAAAGAACUGCUUUACUGCAGAGGCUCGACUCAGGUGAAUCAGGAGUUGUAAUGUCAUCAAUGUUGCCUUGUUAUGUCAGUCCCAAUGCCUGUUUAUCUGUGUGUGUGUGUGUGUGUGUGUGUGUGUGUGUGUGUGUGUUUAUGUGUGAGCAAGAGAGAGAUUUGAGGCAACCCAGGGGCGGGGAAAGGUCACCCAAACCUCUCCCCUAUGGGCCAGCCAGCGAGCGCAUUGAAGCUCCGCCAAGCAGUAAUUAUUAAUGAAGAGACCUGAGCAAAUGGACAGGAAAUGCAGAGGUAUUGAUUGGGCCGGUUGCCCUGCUCUAAGCCGUACAGACUGGCGCCAGCCUGGUGGCCUGUGGUUUCCCAGGCUGCUGUCUGUGGAGGGCAUGGGGGGCGGCGGAGGCGCAGCUAAGGUGUGAAACCAGGCCACCGCUGGCAGCUGUCCGUCUCACGCCGGCUACACCUGAAGGACAGAGUGUACAAAGAGGGAACAGGGAAGAAAAGUCUGUCUCCUGUAAAAGAAACACAGAAUGUAAUUAUUUACAAGUUACUCAAAACUUGUAUUUAACUUGAAACGGUACAAAGAAAACAUAAUAAAUAUAUGAAUGGAGAUCAUUUGAAAA